AUGACGAGCACCUCCUCGACGACCCGGACGCUGCCCACGCCUCCUCUGGCCCCCUCUUAUUCUGCACGGUCUCCUUCUAAGAAAGACCCUUCGCUCAAACCAAACCCACAUCCUUACGCGAUCAAGACCACUUCCACUGGCAUCCUCACGCGCUCAAACUCAUCUGGUUACAACGUCAAUGCCUCUCAUCACUACUACAUCCCGCCCUCUCCCACCCACCACCGCUCCGAUUCCAAAGGGCACAGAGCAACAAAGUCCCUCACACUGGUCCCCGAGUCCCCCUCACGCGAAUCCCCAAGACCUCUCCCUAUCCCGCCCGAUCUCGACCAUACCGUGAACCGGAGAGAUGGGAGUGGCAGCAGCAGCGGAUACGUGAGUGCCGAUGAAGUCUCUCGCCAGGCCCCCCGGCGUCCCAAACGCGCAGAGACUCUCCCCGUCUUCCCUCUCCCGACCCCCGCCCUCCCUGCGCCUCCAUCGGCCGACGAUCUGCCCGACAAUCCCAAGCUGUGGACGCCUUCCCAGCUCGCCACUUACCUCGUCACCGCGCUCCGCAUGACCUCGAAUGGCAAGCCCGGAGAGAUCGAGUCCAUCGGCCUGCCGACGAUGGUGGCCAAAGACAUCGCGACGUUCGUCAAGGGUGCCCGCAUCGGAGGACGGACGUUCCUCAGGCUGACGGAGGAGGAUCUCGAGCAACUCGGCAUGAACAAGAAGUGGCGCACUGCACUCCUCGCUGCCGCGCGCAACCUCCGCCAGAACGUCCUCAAGGGGCGCAUCUGGGGCGGCGCCGAUUCUCCUGGCGGCUCCCCCUCCCCCGAGUCCACCUCGCCCGAGUCGGCCCCGUCCAAGAUCUUCUCCAGCGCCGAGUUCAACUCGUCCUCCUCGUCGAUCGAGUCCUCGUCCUCUUUCGACGGCGCAGACGGCGAAGAAGGCGACCCCGACGCCCCGAAAGGCUCGGUGCUCCUCGGCCGCUCCAAGGCGCGACGCUACCGCGCCGGCCGCGUGCGCGGCAUGGUCAACACGUUCGAGCGCAGCGGGUCCUUCAGCUCCGACGGCGGUCCCGAGGACGACGGCGUCGCGCCGGCCACCAACGUCGGCCUCGGCACGCGGCUCAGCGUCAUCGAGGAGCGUUCGCACUUCCGCACGUGGGGUCGCCAGGCCCCGCCGCCCCCGGGCCUCCGUGCGUCCGAGAGCCCGUCGCCGUCCCGCGGCCGGCCGCUCCCCGCCCCGCCCGCCCGGGGGGACGACGAGCCGUCGAUGGAGGAUCUCCUCGCGCAACUCGGCGCUCCCAUGACGGGUGCCGAGGCUUGGGAGGCCGUGGACAUCGCUGCUGGCGUCACCGUGAAGCACGUCCCCGACCAGGCGCAGCGGUACUCGUCCACACCCUCCUCGCCGUCGCGCGCGACUGCAUCCAUCGCCCCCCUUUUCGACACGGGCUCUCAAGUCGCGGGCUCUCAAGUCGGCGUGCAGACCCUUGCCGGGCUCGGGAACGGCCGCGGCUCGGGCGGAAGCAGCAAGGGCAGGAACGAGCGUCGCGUCGUCACCGCCAUCUUCGCGCCCACCGCAAGCUCUCCGAACAAACGGCCCUUGCCCGUGCCGCCUCAAUCGCAGCCGCAACCGCAACCUCGCCGGGAGGCGAGCGGGGGCUCGGAGGCGUCCGCGCCCGCGCCCGCGCCUGUCCCGGACCCGGAACUCGAGGCGGAGCGGAUGAUGGAGCAGGUGCGUCUUGAGCGGAUGCUCGAGGAGGAGAUCCUGACGACCCGCGCGCUCCUCGAGACGUUCCGCGCGCGGCUCGAGCACGUCGAGGAGAAGGUCUCCGAGCUCGAGACGCGUGAUGACGCGCGCGAGGCGGCGCUCGAGCUCGCGCGCGUCCGCGUCGCGGAGGCGGAGGCGGAGGCGGAGGCCGCGCGCGCCUCGCUCGAGAAGGGCAAGGGCAGGGCUUCGGACACAGAGCCCCUGGCCCCGUCCGUGGACGUCGGUGUCUCUACGUGGGCGCAGAUCGAGGUCGAGAAGGCGGACGACGACGAGGCGAUGGAGGAGGGCGACAGCUCCACUGGCAGCAGCACCAUGACCAUAGCGCCACCGCCAGCCGCCCCAGCUCCCGCCCCAGCCUCCGCUCUCGCGUCGUCGUCAUCGUCAACACUGCAAAGCGUCGUACGCGGACUGUACGCGCCCGCCACGCUCCUGUCCACCUCUCCCCGGGAGCUCAUCCGCCGGAGCAAGCGCACCGCGCGACAGACCGCGUCCGGCACCGACGAGUACGAGUACGCGGACGAGGGCCCGGCGAGCGUGUCCGACCUGCCGUCCUACGUCUUCCUCGUCGGGCUCGGCGUCUGCGCGGUCGUCGCCCAGGUCAUGCUCCGCAAGUUCGUGGGUAAGGGCGGACUGCGGCCGUGA